UUUCAUGUGCUGCCUUGCCAGUCAGGUCUCUCUGCCGUCGGUAUGUCCUGUGUGUGUUAGCAAGCAAAGUAGGGUAUAAUCUUGUGCUACUAUCUGUGCGACGAAAUCAAUCAUUGUCACGGUUAAUGUUUCUAUUCUUUCUUGGGGAGGGUAAAGAAGAUAACGGAUUUGUUUGAAUAUCAGCCUGUGUUCUGAAUGUCCUCUGCUUAAUCGGACAAAGGUUUUGUUUUCUCUCUUUCUGUAGACUAUAUUUCAGAUGCAGCCCACCGUUUCUCAUUCGAAAGGGUAAAGUGACUGUAACAUUUGAAUCUAGGGAGCUCCUCCAGACCGUGGAUGACUUGCUUUCACUCCACUUUUGAGCUGGCUGAAUGGGCCAAAUGUGAAACACAAAGGUUUGAAAGAUUGUAACCAGGUGGUCUAUCAGCCGUGUUAUUAGAGAAAUAUGGCAAGCAGAGUGGCAACACGGGUGAUGCACAUGUACACCGGGGGAACAAAAUUUUCUUUUUUUCCAAAUUUUUUCCCUGUUGCACUUUUGAAGAUAACCUAUCUGAGAUUCAACACUUCCCAUCGUCAUUGUUCAACUGAGAUAAACCAAAAACCAGAAAAUGGAGUGUUAAUAAACAACUUGACUGUUAUGGGUGUGGAUAUUAAGAUGGCCAGGAAGAGACAGCCAGGAGUGUUCAGAAAAUUGGUUACAAAUGAAAAAUGUCUUGCAGAAUUCUUGAGAAGUAAAGGUGCCAAUAAUGAAGCCAUUGCCAGUAUUAUUUCAAGAUACCCUCGAGCCAUUACACGUUCCUUUACCCACCUUGAAAAAAGAUGGCAAUUAUGGCGAAGCAUUUUUAAGACUGAUUCUGAGAUCAUAAGUAUCAUUCAGCGUUCUCCAGAAUCAUAUUUUCGUUCAAGUGAUAAUGAAAAUCUUGAAAAAAAUAUCUGCUUUCUUUGCUCUCUUGGUUUGACGACAAAUGAUUUGCAUCGUAUGUUGACUACUGCUCCACGAACAUUUUCAAACAGCUUGGAACUAAACAAGCAGAUGGUAACAUUUCUGCAAGAUCUCGCUAUUAGUUUGGGUGAUGAGAAUCCACGUGAAUUUGUGAAACGAGUGAUCACUAAAAAUGCAUAUAUUCUUAUUAGAAGCACUAAACGAAUAAAAACAAAUGUAGAUUUUUUCACAGAGGCACUUGAAUUAAGCAACAGUGAACUCAUAAAACUACUUCUAGGGCAUGGUGCUGAGGUUUUGGACCUUUCCAGUGACUACAUGAAAAGAAAUUUCAUGAAUGUAAGUGAGCAGUUACAGUCCUUAGGGUGCACAGCUGAAGAAGUGAAGAAAUUUUUCAUCGACUAUCCACCUGCAUUUUAUGCUUCCUUUUCAAAAGUCUUGAACAAAAUAGAUUAUCUCCUGCAAAAGGAAAUUAAUAUUAAGCACCUAUUAAAGAAGCCCAGAGUACUGGAAUUCAGUGCAGAGAAUUUGAAAAAACGCAUAGAAGAACUGGAAAGGGUUGGAUAUGACUUUAGAAAACUUGGAAUUACAAUUUUGGAUGCUAGUAGAAGACGAUUUGAAGCAAAAUUAAAGAAGUUAAAUGCAGUGGAAUAGAUUUGAUCCUCUGCCUUGUGUCUUAUUCAAUAAAACCUAAAUAGUAAUUUUUAAAACUAAUUUGGCUCUUCAGUUUUUUAAUUAUACAUAUGAAGUGCUGGGUGGUGUAGAAAUAAAAAGUAAACAUGUUUUGCAUUAAUACUCAUUUGUAAGCUGAUGUCAAAAAUAAAGAUUCCAAUUAUCAGUAGCAAUUGCUUUGUACGUUCAUAUCCGUAUUGAAAUAACCCUGAAUUUGUGAAAUUGUUCAAGUAUUCUUACCAUGUACUGAACAUUAUUUUGCAGCCACCUAAUGAAAGCAUUGAGUAAUGUAGAAUGUGAGGGAAUAUUAUUUCUUAAAUGAAACUGGAAAUUUUCUGUCUCAAUUUAUGAUGAAAUAAACUCUGCAGUA